AAAAAUACAAAGUAAAAGGGAGAAUUUGUUAUUUUUAUUUUUUGACAUUUUUUUUGUUUUUCGCCGAAAAAUUAGGAACUUAAUUAUUCAGCAUUGUUCUGACAGUCACGAAAAGUGUGUCAACACUUCUGUAGGUUUCCCAAUCAGAGGCGUUGCCAUGGGAAGGGGGUUGGGUCCAGGGAUGCUGCACAUCUAUAUAAACGGGGAUACAGACAAGGUUAAUAGAUACUUCAUCGGGCCACAUCAGAUCAAGAUUGUCGAGAAUGUACUUCCCAUUGUUUCUGGGCUUUGUGGUGGGGGUUAUUCUGGUCAGAGCCUCAGAAAACACGUUCGAUUCAUCAUUGGAUGUAGAAUGGAAGAACUGGAAAUUGCAGUACAACCGGCAUUACAUAGAGGGUGAGGAGACCAACAGGAGAAUGAUUUGGGAAAGUGCUAUGAGUUACAUUGAACAGCACAACCGAGAGUACGCCAUGGGGAAGCACACAUUUACUGUGGGAAUUAACCAAUUUGGAGAUCUGACAAAUGAAGAGUUCAAUAAAUUGAUGAAUGGAUUCCUCAUAAAUGAAGGUGAAAGCUCAAUUGCAAAAGUUGAAGAAUGUGAUGGGUUUGAUGAAACUAAUGAAAAUGACCUGAAAUUGCCAGAGUCUUUCGAUUGGAGGAAAAAGGGUGUAGUCACACCAAUAAAGAACCAGGGACAAUGUCGCUCCUGCUGGGCCUUUAGUGCAACUGGAGCCCUCGAGGGACAGAUGGGAAAAAGAGGUAAACUUAUUUCUCUAAGUGAGCAGAACCUGCUGGAUUGUGACUUGCAAUCUUUCGGAUGCAAUGGUGGAUAUAUGGAAAGUGCCUUUGAUUGCAUUCAGAAGGAAGGUGGCAUAAACUCUGAAAAAGUAUAUCCAUACACUGCAAUGAAGUCCGACUGCAGAUUUAGACGCGACAAGGUUGUUGCCAAGGUCCGUAAGUACUGCACGCUCAGAAAAAACGAAACAGCUCUGGCAAAAGGCGUGACUAAGGUUGGACCAAUUUCAAUUGCUAUUAAUGCACGCCUUGAAUCGUUCCAGUAUUAUAAUGGAGGAAUCUACUAUGAUCCACAAUGCUCCAAUCAAAAUGUGAACCAUGCAAUGCUGGCAAUUGGAUAUGGCAUAGAAGAUGGAGACAAUUAUUGGCUUAUUAAAAACAGGUAUGUACCCUAAAAGAAUAUGUUUCCAUUUGUGGAAAUGUGCAGAUCUAAGGGUCUUUGGUAUUGUUUUAUCACUUAUACAUCCAGGGAAUCCAAAGGAGUUUCUUUAUUUAAUGCAUGGAAACACGUAGAAUAAGCUGCCACUAGGGAUACCUGAGACAUAGUUGGAUAAUCUCACGAGGGAAAAAGUACCAGAAAGAUAUAUUUAAAUAGAGGCUCUUGUAGGACAUAAACAUGACACAGAUCAGUUGUACUAAAUGGUAUUGUAAACUUUGAGACAAUAUGUUGAACAUCAGAUAAUAUGUUUAUGUGAUUUAAAGUGUCAAUGGCAAAGUUGGAUGAUAUUGCCGAGAUCCUCGACUGUAUCCAGUCCAUUUCCAGCAUUUGGCCUU